UCCGUUUAGUCUGGAUAGUGGAAAGUGGAAAACCCUAAAAUUCUCCGCGGAAUUCGUUAUCUUCACGCCCACUUGCAUAUACUCAGCUUAAGCUCUAAGCCCUAAAGUCCUUUUUUUUUUUUUUUUUUAUCGUUUUGCAAUUCUAUUUCUAGCGGUUUUUUUUGGAUUGGUUCGGAUGCUUCUUUUGUGGGUUUUGAAUCAGAAAUGGUGACGCUCAGCGCCUCCUUCACUGCUUGGAUCGAUCACUUCCUUGCUUGCAUGGGUGGUUGUUUUGGAUGCUGCACUAAACCCACUCCAAUUAUUGCUGUGGAUGAGCCAUCAAAAGGAUUGAGAAUUCAAGGGCGAACAGUGAACAAACCUAUCAUCUCAGAUGGUUUUUGGAGCAGCAGUACAUGUGACGUGGACAACAGUGCUUUCCAGUCCCAGAGAAGUAUCUCAUCGACCAGCGCAUCAAACCAAACCUUCAACCAUGGCAGUGGGGUUGUUAACACAAGCAGCAGCCAUCCAGAAUUUGUAAAUCAUGGUCUUCUCCUCUGGAAUCAAACCAGGCUUCAGUGGAUUGAAAAUGGGAGAUCUGGGGAUCAAACCCAGCAAAAUGGGGCACGACGAUUAGGUUGGAAUACGUCUUAUGAAAGUUUACUUGGAAGCAAACAACCUUUCCCUCAACGCAUUCCUCUCACUGAAAUGGUAGAAUUUCUUGUGGAAAUAUGGGAUCACGAGGGUUUGUAUGAUUGAGACGGUGAUCAACACGAGCCUGCUAUUUUGUAUACUAAGAAGAUGCUUUAUCUUUGUAAAUUUUAUCAGACCUUGGUGUAUAGCGAGGAGCAAAGAAGAAAGCAAAAAGAGAAAACAAGUUUAUCUAUUUCAAUUGUAAUAUUACUAAUCGAUAUUUUUCUGACCCCCUUUUUAACCUGUAUAUGCCCCUCCAUAAACUAAAGUGUUUUUAACCCGAGUUUGUGAGUUCACUGAGCUUAAGAUAUUUCUUUGAUUUCCUUA